AUGAUACUUAAAAGAGAGGAAAAAGAAAUUUUAUUAAAUAACGAUAUUUUGAAGAAAAAUAACUACCGGGUCUCACAUUUAUCCGAAGAUAAAUGUCAGAGUUCUUCUUCGAUCACUAAUAGUCUUUUAUCGCAACAAAUUGAAGAGCAAAGAGGGCCAAGAGCAACAGAUCAACCUGCGCAGAAGACCGGCGCUAAGCUCACGGUCCGAAAAAGUAUACGUACCAUGAAAGCAAGAAGUGUUUUGGCUGUAGUUGUCAGGAAA